UACAUUUUUUUAUAAACACAAGUUGUCAAAAUGGCACUCAUUACGGCUUAUUGGAGCCUGGACGGCAUAAUAAUUUUGACAACUCUCAUCGUAUCCGCCUACCUUUACAUGACUCGCAAAUUCAAUUAUUGGAAAAAACGAGGCGUUUCGGAAAUAAGUCCGCCGACGCCGUUCUUAGGCAAUUUUACUGAAUGCACGUUGUUAAAGAAAUCACCUGGCUAUCUCAUAAAGGAUUUUUACAAUCAGGCGAAGGGGCUACCAUACAUCGGCUUCUACGUUUUAGACAAACCCUUCUUCUUGAUUCGCGAUCGAGAAGUCGUCAAGAAUGUUUUAGUAAAGGAUUUCAAUUAUUUUGAUGAUCGAUACACCUCGGCUGAUCCGAAUGAUCGUUUGGGUUACACUAAUCUCUUCUUCCUAAAAAAUCCGGCUUGGAAGAUAUUAAGAACAAAGUUGACCCCAAUCUUUACGUCCGGCAAGUUGAAGAAAAUGUUUGAGUCGAUGCUUGAAUGCGCUAAGAAUCUAGACACGCAUCUAGAAUCUUUGAAAGUAGACGAUGUGAAAAAAGAGAUAGAAGUGAAAGACUUAACCGCCAAUUUCUCCACGGACAUGAUAGGAUGCACCGCGUACGGACUCAAUGUAAAUUCGUUGAACAAUCCGGACGCUGAGUUCCGGAUAAAUGGUAGAAAGAUCUUCGAAUACGGCUAUAUCCGUGGUUUCGAGCUGCUCGCGUUAUUUUUCUUUCCUCAUGUGGUUCGUUUGACCGGUAUAAAAACGUUCGGCAAAGAAUCUAGCAUCUUCCUACGCAAUGUCUUUUGGGAAGUCAUCAAUCAACUCAUUGCAUCUGGCGUGAAGAGAAACGAUCUUAUAGAUGUUCUUAUCGAACUGAGAAAAAAUCACAGUCAUGAGAAUCUCGAAGGAUUCAAAUUUGACGGUGACGAUUUAGUAGCGCAAGCAGCCGCUUUUUUCACCGCCGGUUUUGAAACCUCUUCGACAACAAUGGCUUUUACUUUAUACGAACUUUCGGUACGGCCAGAUAUUCAAAACAGACUUAGGAAAGAAAUCGUUGACGCGCUCAACAAAGCCAAUGGUAACAUCACAUAUGACAUGGCGUUAUCGCUACCAUAUCUGGACAUGGUGGUGUCCGAAACAUUGAGGUUGUAUCCGCCGUUACCCUUCUUAGACCGAGUAACGACAAAGACUUAUAAGAUGCCGAAUUCUGAUCUGGUACUCGAAAAGGGUACGCCGGUUUAUAUAUCAAUGCUCGGCAUGCACCAUGAUUUGCAAUACUUUCCCAACCCGGAGAAGUUCGAUCCGGAGCGGUUCAACGAAGAGAACAAACGUAAUAUACCAUCGUGCGCCUACUUCCCAUUCGGGGAAGGUCCGCACGCAUGCAUAGGUAUACGUUUGGGGUUGUUGCAAACGAAACUUGGGGUUAUAAAAAUUUUGAGCAAAUACGAAGUGACACCCUCGAAGAGGACUUUGAUACCAAUGGUAAUUGAUCCAAAAGCUACCGUAACGACACCAUUAGGUGGCAAGCUAUAUCUAAACAUCCAGAAAGUCAAUAGCGCUAAUUGAAAUUUGUGAAACGAGUCAUUACUUUCAAGCUACAAUAUGUAGACGAUUCGACUGAUACUCAGGAUGCAUUUUUUUAUCAUAAAAGGAUGCGACUCGAGGAACGCGUUAAGUAUAAAACACGAGAUAUCAGAAUUAUUUAUUAGAGAAUAGAGGAAUGUAUUUAAAAUUAUAAAAGCUGGAAGUAUGUGUCGUAUAUUUUACACUAAUUGUAAGAUUCGCCUUUAUUAUCAUGACGCAUUAAAAUUAAUGUAUUUUAAUAACUACAUAUAUAAAUUUAAAUAUAUCUUGUCUGUUGUUAUUCAUAAAACAGAAAUGAUUAUUUUUUUAUAAAAGGAUUUUCUCAAAUGCAAUUUUAUCAAUGAAACAUUCUUUCCUUUCUUCACCUCAAAGAUCAAUAAAUGUAUGCAUACAAUAUGUAUGUAUGCAUAUAAGUUGCUAUUAUAAAUAUGUGUAAUAUACGAAAAUAGGCGGAACAACUAAGAAAUAAUAAUCAUCUGUUGUCCAUU